AAACACCAACUCACGCAGCCUCAACAUAUUUGUUUCAUAAACGCCGUCGUUUUCAACAUCUUCAUCGUCUCCAUUUUUUAUUUUAUUUUUGUAAGGAUCAUCUUCUCCAUUUGUUUCUUCUGUAAUUAGAAUAUACAAACCAUUCUAUUUUAUUCUAUUCACUAUGUGUUUUUCACACACUUCUCUGAAAACCCCCCAUUCGGAACCCUAAUUCGCGAAAUUGAUCCUUGAUUUGAUCCCAUGGACGAUAAUUUAAGCACGAAUCAUAAAUUAUGCGGUUAUUUAUGCACAAUUCUCCAAACGGACCCCCCAAUUGCACCCAACCUGAUCUCCACCACCUGCGAAAUAUUCGCUGAAGGGUCAGAAACCGGAUUUAUAUGCGAAAACGGCACCGUUUUGUCGACGAUUAACGGGGAAACCGAGUAUGCGGUGGGGGAAGGGAGCAAUACGGCGUCGUCGUCGAGGAAGAAGUGGAGUGGGAUAGGGUUAGUGAAUGGGAGUAUAAGUGUGGUGAACCAGUUGUAUGCGUUGGUGAGUCACAAGUGUUUGAGUAUUGUUUCGAAAGUCGUUGAGGUUGUUGAGGUGGUUGGGAAGGCGGUUAGGGUUGUUGUGUUGGUUGAUGUUUAUUUGCCUAUUCAGUUGUGGUCUGGUUGGCAGUUUCCGAGGUCUGCCACAGUUGCUGCUGCGCUUUGCCGACAUUUGAGCUGUAAUUGGGAGGCUAGAAGGUCGUUGCUUCAGCUUGGCAAUACAGAUGAUCAACGUAGUGAUAAUAUCUGGAAUAUUUCAGACUGUCAUGUACUUGGUUGUAAGCUACAAUGUGUUGCACCCGGGACUUCUAAGAAAAAGCUUUUUGAACUUCAUGACAUAUUCAUGAGCUUGCCUAGUCUCUCCAUGAAAGGAGGUAGCGACCUUUCAAGAGUAUAUCCAGCAGAUGAUACUUCUGACUCUGGUAUUUGGGAUGUCUCUGAUGAUGUUUUGAUCAAUAUAUUUGCUACAUUGGGACCAAUUGAGCUUCUUAGAGUUUCGGCUACCUGCCGCCAUUUAAGGUCUUUGGCAGCUUCUAUUAUGCCAUGUAUGAAACUUAAACUUUUCCCUCAUCAACAUGCAGCAAUUGAGUGGAUGAUGCAGCGCGAAAAGGACUCUGAGGUGCUGCCACACCCUCUGUAUUUAGAUUUGGUAACUGAGGAUGGAUUCACUUUCUAUGUAAAUGUGGUAUCUGGUGAAAUAGUCGCUAACAUAAAACCUGUAUUCAGAGAUUUUCGUGGUGGAAUGUUCUGUGAUGAACCGGGAUUGGGUAAGACCAUAACUGCCCUUUCUCUUAUUUUGAAGGCACAAGGAACACUGGCCCUCCCUCCUGACGGCGCAGAGGUCAUAUGGUGUACACAUAAUGGUAAGCAGGGAUGUGGAUAUUACGAGAUCAGUGCUGAUAAAUUGGCAAGUGGCCAAGCUUUGCCAACUACAAGAGUUGUUGGCCAAACACCACGCAGAGGACAAUUUCAUCUAGAUGAUUCACAGGAGAAGCUUGUACACUCCGCAAAGAGAACUAGAGUCAUGGGUUCUGCCAAAAUUGUUGCAGAGUCUGCUAAUAAGUUGUCCCCUCACGAGGAGGCUGGAUCACCUCAAGCUGCAUGUGUGGCCCAUUGCAGUAGUAAGCAGAGUAGAUCAAAGAAAAAUCUUUUGGAUGCAUUUGAUGAAGAAUCUGAUUAUAAUACAGGCACUGCAAGAAGAAGCUCGCGAAAGAGAAGGCAUCCAUCAAAUUGGCCAUUUUACAGCUCCUUAGAGAAAGAUAGCUCUUCAGAUGUGUCAUCUUACCGCAGAAAGAGGGGUAAUAAGAUCACUAACGAUUCUGACAAUAAACAAACUUGGAUUCAGUGUGAUGCGUGCAGAAAGUGGAGGAAACUUACAGAAUUAGAUGCUGCUAAAACUACAACUGCAUGGUUUUGUAGCAUGAACAGUGAUACUUUUCACCAGAAUUGCCUUGUUCCAGAAGAAAUUUGGGAUGCUCGCCAAAAAUUAACAUCUUUACCUGGAUUUCACACUAAAGGAAAAUCUGGAGGGGAAGAGGAAAAUAUCUCAUUCUUCAUCACCGUGCUUAGGGAGCAUUCUGCCCUCAUUGAUUCAGUAACCAAAAAGGCAUUAACUUGGUUGGCUAAGCUCUCAGCUGACAAACUUUUGGAAAUGGAAACAGUAGGAUUGCUGCAGCCAGUCAUGCAACCACAAGCAGCGCGCCGCGGAAAUAUCCAUCAGUUUCACAGAGUGUUUAAAGCAUUUGGACUUAUAAAGAGAGAAAAAGAGGGGACUACAAAAUGGUACUACCCAAGAACUGUCUCAAACAUGGAUUUUGAUGUAGCUGCCCUCAGAAUUGCUUUAUGCGAGCCAUGGGACUCAAUAAUGUUAUAUUUGUCGAAGGCAACUCUUAUCGUCGUUCCUUCGAAUCUAGUUGAUCACUGGAAUACUCAAAUUCAGAAGCAUGUCAGACCUGGUCAAUUGCGUGUUUAUAUCUGGACCGACCACAAAAAGCCUCUUGCCCACAACCUGGCCUGGGACUAUGACAUUGUUCUGACUACAUUCAAUCGUUUAAGUGCUGAGUGGAAUCCUCAUAAGAGAAGUGUGUUGAUGCAAGUUCAUUGGCUCAGGGUUAUAUUUGACGAAGGUCACACCCUUGGCUCGAGUCUUAACUUGACGAACAAGCUGCAAAUGUCCAUUUCAUUGACAGCUACAAGUAGGUGGCUAUUAACAGGAACACCAACACCCAACACUCCAAACAGUCAACUGUCUAAUCUUCAACCUAUGCUUAAGUUCCUUCGUGAAGAAGUGUAUGGACAGAAUCAGAAGUUAUGGGAAAAUGGUAUUCUCAGGCCGUUUGAGGCCGGAAUGGAAGAAGGUAGGUUACGUUUACUGCAUAUGCUUCAAAGAUGUAUGAUAAGUGCAAGAAAAGCAGAUUUAAAAUCAAUUCCUCCUUGCAUCAAGAAAGUGACAUUUGUGGACUUUACUGAAGAACAUGGGAGGAGUUACAAUGAACUGGUUGUUACAGUGAGGCGUAACAUAUUACUGGCUGAUUGGAAUGAUCCUUCUCAUGUUGAGAGUUUACUGAACCCAAAGCAAUGGAAGUUCCGAAGUACUACUAUAAAAAAUGUCCGAUUGUCUUGCUGUGUUGCUGGUCAUAUAAAAGUAUCUGAUGCUGGGGGAGACAUUCAAGAAACUAUGGACCUGCUAGUUGAAAAUGGAAUGGACCCUUCUUCGGAGGAAUAUGCUUUUAUUAGAUAUAAUAUUCUGCAUGGUGGCAAUUGUAUGCGGUGCAACGAGUGGUGCCGAUUGCCUGUCAUUACACCAUGCAGGCAUCUCUUAUGCCUUGAGUGUGUAGCUUUGAACAGUGAGAGGUGUACAUAUCCUGGAUGUGACAACUUUUAUGAGAUGCAGAGUCCUGAAAUAUUAACCCGGCCAGAAAACCCCAACCCGAAGUGGCCUGUUCCGAAAGAUUUGAUUGAGUUGCAGCCGUCAUAUAAGCAGGAUGAUUGGCACCCUGAUUGGCAAUCAACUUCUAGCAGCAAAGUAAAUUAUCUAGUGCAUCGAUUGAAAGAACUGCUGGGAGGUAAUCAAAACAUUAGCUGCCCUAUUAAUGGAGGGGUUGAUCUGAAGCAAGUCUCUGAAACUACCUCUUGUUCUGAACCAAGCAAUGAGUCUAACGUAGCACCUUCUGAGAAGAUUAUCAUAUUUUCUCAAUUUCUUGAGCAUAUACACGUCAUUGCACUGCAGCUUACGAUUGCUGGUAUCAAAUUUGCUAGCAUGUAUAGUCCAAUGCAUUCUAGCAACAAGAUGAAAUCCCUGACGACCUUCCAGCACGACCCGGACUGCAUAGCAUUACUGAUGGAUGGAAGUGCAGCAUUAGGUCUUGAUUUGAGCUUUGUAACACAUGUGUUUUUGAUGGAACCAAUAUGGGACAAGAGCAUGGAAGAGCAAGUGAUUAGUCGUGCUCACAGGAUGGGUGCUACACGUCCUAUUCAAGUUGAAACGUUGGCUAUGAAUGGUACAAUUGAAGAGCAAAUGUUGAAUUUUUUACAGGAUGCUGAUGAAUGCAGAAAGCUAUUGAAAGAAGGAACUGGAAAGCACGAUCGGGAGAGCAGUCGGACACGCCGGAGUCUGCAUGAUUUUGCUGAGAGCAACUACUUGACGCAGCUUAGUUUUGUGCGGACAGUCCCUAGACUUGAAGGUUUGCAAUUGGCUGCCCAAUAACCAGAAUUUUUUUGUUUCCCUAUCUGUAUAGUUCUCAUCAAUAGUGGUACUCAUCUGCCCUUUGUUUAUAAUUCUUGCCUCUGAAGUGCAUAUGGUAAUUAAGAUUAGAACAGGACGUAGUGCCUGGGGCUUUUCGCAUGAAAACCCCACAGCCUUGGUUGUAAUGUCCUGAAAUUUUUAUAUAAUAAAGUGGCCUUAUAUGUA